GAGAGUUUGGAACCAGCGACUCAGAAGUUUGUGGGACUUUGUUUUUACGCAUAAGCCCAACCUUGAAUAGUUGCAUUUAUCUGUUUUAUUACAAGAUAAUAAUGUUUCUCUGCCAUGUUUAUAACACGAUCCAAACUUCUUCUUCCCUCUUGUUUCCUGAUGUUGUUCCUCGCGGUCCCCCCCUCUCCCAUUUUCCCGGCUCCUCCUCUGCCCGGGCUUCUCUGUCCACCGAGUCGAGCUUCCCAAAAAAACAACUUUCCGUGCCAAGGCUUCCUGAAGCUUCUGUGUUGGAUCCGAUGGAAGUGGGAGACGCGUCGGAUAUGAAAUAGAACACAUCAUGGUGCUGAUGACCGAGCAGGCGGACAGACCUCCGACCCCGCUCUCCGCACCGGACCAACUUUUCCGCAGGGACUCCCGGGGGACUCGGUCUGAGGUGGACCAUGGAGGGGGGAGGAGACACAUGAGGCGCGGAGGGUCACCUGCAGACCUCCUGCUGUGUCUGGACUCCGAGGCAGACCCAUCAGAGAGCAAGAUGAAGCCAGCCGGCAUGGGAUUGAAACCUGUGGAGCAGCUCUCUCCAACGCCGACUCCGAGCGACUGUGAAACAAAGUUUGAGAGGAAGAAAGUCCAGUACACUCACUUAUCGAAGACAAACGCCCAGUUUCACAAGUUAUUCAAGGAGGUCAGAAAAGAUGAGCUCCUCCAACAAAGCUACACUUGUGCCCUGCUGAGAGACAUUUUAUAUCAGGGGAAAAUGUACAUGUCUGAUAACUGGAUCUGUUUCCACUCCAAAGUCUUUGGGAGAGACACUCAGAUUUCAAUCCCAGCGGAGUCUGUGACGUUCAUCAAAAAAACAAAAACUGCGUUAUUAGUGCCAAACGCCCUCGUGAUUGAAACAACAAGUGAUCAGCAUGUGUUUGUUUCCUUCCUCGCUCGAAACUCCACCUACAAACUCCUGAACUCCAUCUGCGGUCAUCUGGAGGUGGCUAAGACUUGUAGCAGCAACGUUAUUUCCUCCUGUGAAAACAGCUUCAGGGUGAAAUGCCCAACGUCCCUUCCUUUGGACUUAUCCGCAGACUUCUCCGACCUCGAUGGAGUUGUGCAGCAAAGACGUCAGGAGAUGAUGGAGAGCAGCAGCUCCGGCUCUCAAACUCCAGAUUACGACAAAAUAACCGACUUCGCCGGCCUCCCGGACACGUUUCUAAGUGCAGUGAAGAGCGCAGAGGUUUCAGUCCACGCAGACGUUCAUCUUCAGACUCCGAGCCAAAAACACGGAGCUGCCCUGAACAACGGGUCUACGAAGCUCAAAGACAAAUCCUCACAGCCCGUCUCCUUACAAGCCAUCCUCCUCAUCUAUUUGUUUCUAGUUAGCGUUCUCGUCUUGUCCUCCUGUUACAUGGCCUUCAAGAUCGUGGCUCUUGAGCAUCGGUUGAACUCCUUGGUGUCCAUCGGGCAACACAUUCGUAAUGAAAACGCGGUGAGCCACAGGCCUCAGGAAGAAGUGAAUGCUGAGAUUUAUGCAGAGCUGUCUUCCAACUUGUUCAAGCUAGAAAAGAUUCAAAGAAGCCUUCGGAAGCUACUUGAAGAGACUUGAAAGAAGACUUUUGUCCGUCUGGACAGAAGCGUUUCUUUUUUUAUUAGAGAUGUCGGUUUAUCACUGAAGAUCAGCAGAGAUCACGUUUGGUAAUAGAUUUGUUUCCGGACGGCUGAUACACAAAGCUUUCCUAAAACAGAUUGAACUUUAACUUAAAUUGUGCAAUAAUAGCUUCUUUCCUCGUUCCACUCAGGGCUAUUUCAUUACUUUUUUCCAAACACAACGUAGAGGGUGAACUGAGGCAGCGUGAUGAUGAAGAGAACGUUUAGGCAUCUAUGCAGUAUUUAUCUGGGAGCUUUUAUUUUGUAUUUCACAAUACUGGGAUUAUUUUUUAAGGUCCAAAGGUCAUAUUGCAAUGUUUUCCAAACAUUUCUUAAAAGGUCAAAUACAUUAUAUUUAUGUCUUGUGUAAAAAUAACUCUGAUAUGGAUGCUAGGAGAAUAUCUUUUAAUGACAUUUAAAGGCAACUUCUUGUUACAGUGUGUUGUAUGAGAAGGUAGAAAAUGACCUGCUUAUGUGAGUAGAAGUUUGCUAGGUGAAGCGUUUGAUAGUUUGUUUUAAUUGUAAAUGUUUUUUAACCAUGUACAUUAUAGUUUUAUUUAGGCGCUUCUCAGCUGGUCAUAGUUUUAAAAAGUUUGUCCUGUACUUUUCCACAGAAACUUGUAUCUGAAGAGCUGUCAAUCAUUUCAGGAGCAAUAGAAGAGAAAGAGCUUGUGCUUUAAACGGUGGUGGUUUGUUUACAUUCAGACCACAGACUGUACCUUUUAACUAUUGUUUGUAUCGCAGUCUUGAAAUAAAUGUCUUGGAUACAGUU